AUGUUCGGAGUCCAAGGCAAAAGAGACUUAACAACAGAACUCCAAUCCCAAAUCCCCAUUCUCCGUCCCAGCAUCCACGCCCGGAGAGCCAACAUCGUCGUCAAGUUCCAAGACCUAUACGGCUUCACGGUGGAAGGAAACGUCGACGACGUCAACGUCUUAAACGAAGUGAGAGAGAAAGUGAGGAACCAAGGGAGAGUUUGGUGGGCUCUUGAAGCUAGCAAAGGAGCUAAUUGGUAUCUGCAGCCUGAUGUUUUGGUCGGAGACGGUUUAGCUUUGAAGACGUCUCUAAAGAUCUCUGCUUUGACUAAUGCGAUUACGUUGAAGAGGUUGGUUAGGAAAGGGAUACCUCCUGUGUUGAGACCUAAGGUUUGGUUCUCUCUUUCUGGUGCUGCUAAGAAGAAGAGUACGGUGCCGGAGAGUUAUUAUAGUGAUUUGACUAAGGCUGUUGAGGGGAUGGUUACUCCUGCUACAAGGCAGAUUGAUCAUGAUCUGCCACGGACUUUCCCAGGCCAUCCAUGGUUGGACACUCCAGAGGGUCAUGCUGCUCUAAGACGUGUGCUUGUUGGGUAUUCCUUUCGUGAUUCUGAUGUUGGUUAUUGUCAGGGCCUAAACUAUGUUGCCGCGUUACUAUUACUUGUCAUGAAGACAGAAGAAGACGCUUUCUGGAUGCUAGCAGUCCUUUUGGAAAACGUAUUAGUCCGGGACUGCUACACAACCAACUUGUCUGGUUGCCAUGUUGAGCAAAGGGUUUUCAAAGAUUUGCUCGCUCAAAAGUGUCCUCGAAUAGCUACUCAUCUUGACGAUAUGGGCUUUGAUGUUUCCCUUGUAGCCACAGAGUGGUUUCUAUGCCUCUUCUCGAAAAGCUUGCCUUCCGAGACAACUCUACGAGUUUGGGAUGUACUUUUCUAUGAAGGAGCAAAGGUUCUUUUCCAUGCAGCUUUGGCAAUAUUCAAGGUUCUUACUUCUCUUCCUCAAGUUUUUUUUUCCUCUUCAAGGUUAAGUCUCAUGGUCAUGGAUGUCGUUUGUUUGCAGAUGAAAGAAAACGAGCUGCUUAUGACACACCAGGUUGGUGAUGUAAUCAACAUAAUACAGACUACCUCACACCAGCUCUUUGACCCUGAUGAGUUACUAACGGUGGCGUUUGAGAAAAUUGGAUCCAUGACAACCAACGCUAUAUCUAAGCACAGGAAGAAACAGGAACCUGCGGUGAUGGCAGAACUUGACCAGAGACUACGGAGACUCAAUUCUCUUAAAGAAAGUGGCAAGAGUACAUGA